AGGGUGCAACAGUGAAAAAGGUACUUCCUGUUGUUACGGAAGUGGGGCUUCGCACACUCCCAAGCUCCUCCCUCGGUGGCCCGGCAGAGUGACAGGAUGGCCGAGCAAACGGCGCGGCUGCUGCUGCUAACUGCGGCAGUGGGGCUUGCGUGGGGCUCCCAGGGCGAUCGCGAGCCGGUAUACCGCGACUGCGUGCUCCAGUGCGAGGAACGGAACUGUUCGGGGGACGCACUGAAGCACUUCCGCUCCCUCCAGCCAAUCUACAUGAGCCUAGCUGGCUGGACAUGUCGAGAUGACUGCAAGUAUGUGUGUAUGUGGUUCACUGUUGGCCUCUACCUUCAGGAGGGUCACAGAGUGCCCCAGUUCCACGGCAAGUGGCCCUUCUCCCGGUUCCUGUUCAUCCAAGAGCCAGCUUCCGCUGUGGCCUCGCUGCUCAAUGGCCUAGCCAGCCUGGUGAUGCUGUGCCGCUACCGCGCCUCUGUGCCAGCCUCCUCCCCCAUGUACCAUACCUGCAUGGCCUUCGCUUGGGUGUCCCUCAAUGCUUGGUUCUGGUCCACAGUCUUCCAUACCAGGGACACUGACCUCACAGAGAAGAUGGACUACUUCUGCGCCUCGGCUGUCAUCCUGUACUCUGUUUACCUGUGCUGUGUCAGGACCGUGGGACUACAGCACCCGUCAGUGGCCAGUGCCUUCGGCGUCCUGCUGCUGCUGCUCCUGUCAGCGCACAUCUCUUACCUGAGCCUCGUCCGCUUCGACUACGGCUACAACAUGAUGGCCAAUGUGGCCAUAGGCCUGGUGAACCUGACCUGGUGGCUGGCCUGGUGCCUACGGAACCGCCGGCGCCUGCCGCACACGCGCAGGUGUGUGGUGGUGGUGCUGCUGCUGCAGGCGCUGUCCCUGCUGGAGCUGCUCGACUUCCCGCCCCUCUUCUGGGUCCUGGACGCCCACGCCAUCUGGCACAUCAGCACGAUCCCUCUCCACAUCCUCUUUUUCAGGUUUCUGGAAGAUGACAGCCUGUACCUGCUGAAGGAAUCUGAAGCCAAGUUCAAGCUAGACUAAAGAUGCUCGAAAGGGACACACCUGCCUUGCUCCUGCUUCUCUUCCCUUCUCCCCCUUGAGAUGACUGUUUUCUCCUUUUAGCUUCUUGAACUUGAACAUGUGGGGUAUGGGCUUGGAAUCACAGAGCCACCUGCCCCUUGCUAGCUUUCAUAGCCAGGGCCUCCUCGCGGCUGGGACAGGAAGUAGGCAGCCCAGCUGUGCCUGGGGCUGAACUGGGAACAGGUGUUGAGGUCUCCAGAGAGAAGUGCUGCUUCUGUCUCUUCAGCCCACUCCCUUCUCCACAUCACACACCCUGAUAGUACCACCCCACGUAGGGCCACUUACCCCUAAGUGCCACACCUACAGGCUUUUGGGGUACAUUGGGGUCUCUUUUUGUCAGGGAGCCACUAGGUGGCACUGGAGGCCUGCUCUUCGGGUGCCCAGGUUUCUUCGUGCCUCUGCGGAACUGAGCUGCGGGGGCUGGUACCAAGGAGGGGCUUUCACUCUGUCUCUUGAACCAGUCACCCUUUCCAUCAGAGCCAAGACCCCCGGGGACUCAAGAUUAGAACCCUGGCUUCCGUUCUGGUUGGGAGUGGGCACAUUCACACAUUCACAGAGGGAUGUGGACCAAGCUAGGCGCAGAGAUAGUCAAGGAGCUGAGUUUGGCAGCACCGGGGCAUCGUGGGCCUGUGUAGAGGGUGGCUGUGUGCUCAGGAGGCAGGUGGGCGAGGGUGGCUUGGGAAGGUAUGUCUGAGAUGAACAUGAAUGUGCUACACUUGUAGGAGGCGGGAGUGGAAGGGGGGAACCAAGCCAUCACCAGCAGCCAUUUGAGUCCAAGUCUCCCCAAGACCCCAAGUCCUGCCAGCUGCUAGUAUGUGCACAUGACCUAUUGGGUGCAGUGCGUGUGGAUGCCACCCAGGACCCCUUUGCCCUCCACUUCCACUCCAAAUCACAGCUCCCAACCCCCGCUGCACGUCUUGAGAGCACCCUGCAGAACUAGCCCCUGGAGGGCAGAGCGAGGAAGGGACAAAGUGUCCCCCCUUGGCUCCUCUCUCCCUUGGCAUGGUGUGCCUCCCACUCCAGUUCCCUGCUGGAGCCCCUGGUCACAGCCUGGACUUUGGGGGCAUCAGGCAAAGGGGAAAGAGGGUGUGGAGCUUGUGUCUGUAUGGGGUCUCUGCCUUCCAUAGAGGAGCUUGCUCUCCCAGGGUAAGCCCAGGGCAAGCAGGGCCCAUACAGCCUGCAUCCUGAACCAGUCCAUCAGGAAGGCAGUCUGUGACUGGGCCCUGCCUCUAUCCCCUGCCCUCUCAUUGUGGGGAGGGUCGCUGAGCCAGGGCUCCAGCUCAGGUACUCGGACAGUCUUAUCAGGAUUUUUUGAUACUAAGAACAAUUUUUAAGGCCAGAGACAAUAAAGGACGUGUGUAAUAAACCAA